AUGCCUGCUGACUACAAUGGAACGUGGGAGAUGGAAAGCAAUGAAAACUUUGAAGGCUACAUGAAAGCUCUUGGUAUAGACUUUGCUACACGCAAGAUUGCUCAGCACCUGACUCAAACUAAAGUGCUCACCCAGAAUGGCAACAAGUUUGAAACAAAAACCCUGAGCACCUUCAGAAACUACGAGUUGAACUACACCGUUGGGGAAGAGUUUGAGGAGCACACCAAGGGGCUGGACAACAGAGUGGUCAAGACACUGGUGACAUGGGACGGUGACAAGCUGGUUUGUGUUCAGAAAGGAGAGAAGCAGAACCGAGGCUGGAAACACUGGAUUGAAGCAGACAAACUGCACCUGGAGAUUACAUGUGAAGACCAGGUCUGCCAUCAGGUUUUUAAGAAGAAAAAUUAA